AUGGUGGCCGCGCUCUUGCUGCGCGCCUGGCUGGCGACCUCGGCUUUCUGGUGGGCGCCCAUCGCCGGCUGCCCGGAGCCUUGCGCCUGCGUGGACAAAUACGCGCAACAGUUCGCCGACUGCGCUUACAAAGACCUGCAGACGGUGCCGUCGGGGCUGCCUUCCAACGUGACCACGCUGAGCCUCUCGGCCAACAAGAUCACGGCGCUGGCCCGGGGCACCUUCGCCGAAGUCACCCAAGUCACCUCGCUCUGGCUGGCCCAUAACCAGAUCCGCGCAGUGGAAGAGGGCACGCUGGCGGUGCUGGGACAGCUGAAGAACCUCGACGUGAGCCACAACCAGAUCGCCGACUUCCCCUGGGCCGACCUGCGCAACCUCAGCGCUCUGCAGCUGCUCAAGAUGAACAAUAACCGGAUGGCCCACCUGCCGUCGGGGGCUUUCGGCUCCCUGAGCGAUCUGCGCUCCUUGCGCAUCAACAAUAACUUCUUCAGCGGCCUGGCGGAGGGCACCUUCGACCCGCUGACCUCCCUCUCUCACCUGCAGAUCUACAACAACCCCUUCAACUGCACCUGCCCGCUGAUGUGGCUGAAGAACUGGACGGAGCACACCUUGAUCUCCAUCCCGGAGAGGGAGGCCAUCACCUGCGCCGCGCCCGAAGCUUGGAAGGGCCAGCCGCUGCUCAACGUCCCCUACAUGCGCUGCGCCGCGCCCGCCGUGCGUCUCAGCUCCCAGCCCGACCUGCAGAGCCUGGCUUACGGCUCCUGGCUAGCCUUGCACUGCCACGCCGAGGGGCUCCCCCGGCCCGAGCUCACCUGGCGGAUCCAAGCCUCGGGCCAGACGCUGGAGAUCGCGGGCAGCGAGGCCGAGGGGCUGAACGCGCUGCCACCGGCUGCCGCCGGGGAGAGGCAGAGCUUCCGCGCCUUCCCCAACGGCACCUUGCUGCUCCCUCACCUGGGCAAGAAGGAGGAAGGCACCUACACCUGCGUGGCCGCCAACGAGGUGGGCAGUAACCAAAGCUCGCUCCGCGUGGCUCUGGCGGACGCCGCGCCCAAGGACCCCGUCGGCAGCCCCAAGACCGAGGCCAAGGCGCCGCCCGGCGAGCGCAAGGCGUCCAAGAACAGCGUCAUGAAGCCGGAGGAGAAGCGCAAGCUCCUCUGGCCGCUGGAGCCAGACACUGCGCGCGAUCCUGAGGCGCCCGACGGCGGCGGCGGCGGUGGUACCGAUCCCAGCGAAUCCGACUCGGGGGCCGACGCGCCCUCUCGUCCGGCCGCCUUCGAGCCUCGCUGCGGGGGCGGUAGCAGCGGAGGCGCAGGCCCGAUCCAGCUGCCUCGCUACGUCUCCAACCACGCGUUCAACCAGAGCGCGGAGCUGAAGCCGCAGAGUUUCGAGCUGGGCGUCAUCGCUCUGGAUGUGUCGGAGCGCGAAGCCAAGGUGCAGAUCACGCCUUUCUCCGGCCGGGAGAAGAAGGGCCAGCUGCGCCGGCUCUAUCUCUGCCAGGAGAGCCGCCGGGGGUCGCCGCCGGCGCUGGUGCGGUGGUCGCAGAUCGAGGAGGGCCUCAACUCCUACUGGUUCCGAGGCCUCGUCCCGGGCACCAACUACUCGGUCUGCCUGAGCUUCGCGGGGGGAGAGGACUGCCAGGUCCAGGUGGUUUUCAGCACCAAGAAAGAGGUGCCUUCCCUGCUCAUCAUCGUAGUGGUCAGCGCCUUCCUGCUGGCUCUGGCCACCCUCCCGCUGCUGGGUGCCACCUGCUGCCACCUGCUCUCCAAGUACCAGGGCAAGACCUACCGCCUGAUCCUGCGGGCGCAGAACCCCUCCGACCAGAUGGAGAAGCACAUGGCGGCCGACUUCGACCCCCGGGCGUCUUACCUGGAGUCGGAGAAGAACUACCAGCCCAGCGAAGUGGGCCGCGGAGAGCUGGAAGAGGAGGAGGAGGAAGAGGAGGAAGAGGAAGAAGGAGAGGGGAGGGCCAGCGAGGGCGGGGGCCAGCUGGCCAGGGACCCCAGCUUGGCGGCUGGCUCCCUGGCCGAAUCCCAGUCCAAAGCCAACCAGGAGGAAUUCGAAGGGGGCUCGGAGUACAGCGACCGCCUCCCGCUCGGGGCUGAGGCCGUGACCAUCUCCCAGGAGAUCAACGGCAACUACAAGACCCCGCCUCGUUUCCACAAUUUUGGCCGCUACUGCACUCAACGCCAGGUUGGUUCUCUCCACUCGACAAAGGUGUCAGGUGGUGCCCCUGUACAACCUCAGAAAGCAAUGGAUCCCUUCACCUGCUUACUAACCGCACUGCUGUUGGUGGGGAUGCAGAGCUGCCCGGAGGUCUGCCGUUGUGUAGCGAAGCAGAAAUACGAGCGCUACGUUGCAGACUGCUCUUAUCAAGAUCUCCAGAUGGUUCCUCAGAACUUCUCCUCCAACACCACCACCCUGACCCUGUCGGUCAACCACAUUGCCACGCUGGGCGAAGGCUCCUUCGCCAACAUGGCCAAGCUGCAAGGAUUGUGGUUCUCCUACAAUGAGAUCGGGGCCAUCGCUGUGGGUACCUUCGCUUUCUUGGUACACCUCCGAGCUCUUGACCUCAGCCACAACCAGAUCACGAAAUUCCCCUGGGGAGACCUAUCCAACCUCACAUCUCUGCAGCUGCUGAAGCUCAGCAACAACCAUCUGGAGAAGAUCCCUCCGGAAGCCUUCCGGUCCCUUAAGGAUCUCCGAUCCCUCUGGCUGAGUGACAAUCGGCUGGCUUCUCUCUCGGAUGGGACCUUCAGCCCCAUGCCUAAGUUAGCUCAGCUCCAAAUCAACAACAACCCCUUUGACUGCACCUGCAAAAUUUGGUGGUUGGAUGGAUGGCUGCAGAGCACGCUGCUUUCCAUUCCAGAGAAGAAGUCCAUCACGUGUGCCACUCCGGAAAAGCAGAAAGGUCUUGUUCUUGGGAGAUCCUUGAAGCUAGACUGCUCCCUUCCAUCGGUGCAGCUGGUCUAUCAUUCCAGCUUGGGGGACAGUAAGUUGAAGGAUGGGCUCACCCUUCAGUUGCACUGCAAUGCCGUGGGUAAACCCCCGCCGAAGAUCAGGUGGAAAAUCCAGACCGUUGAUGAACACGUGGCCAUCGAUGGGCCCAACGUUGAAAGAGAAGAGGAUCUAGACUCGGCAGGUUCCUCGCAAAGCAGAGGGCGCUUCCUGGUCUUCAAAAACGGAUCGAUGGCGGUCACCAAAUUCAGCAAGGCCAGCGAAGGCAUUUAUACCUGCCAGGCCUAUAACGACGUUGGCUCUCGCGAGGCCUUCGUCCAUGUAGCUUUGGCUGGCUCGGAGAAGCCCACCACUUUCCUCAAGAACCAUCUCCAAGCCAGCAAGAACCCCAACAAAACGUGCGACAUCAAAGAUGCUCUGACGCUUGGAGAAAAUGUGAACUUUGUCUAUUUGACUCCUAUCAUGCCCAAGACGGUUUGCAAUGGAGGAGCUCGGAACCAGUUGGGUUUCUGGAGUUUAUUCCUGUUCUGCUUGCUUGCCCGUUACAGCUAAGACGUUCAUAACCUCGGAAUCGGGUAGAAAAAUCCGAUUUCCUUCUGUAGGACGACCCACGGCAGCUCUUAGUUUAGGUUAAAAAGUUUCACACUUCGAUUCUAGACGAAGAAUCUUGGUUUGAACUGGGGCAGGAUUCCCCCAUAUUCUCGAGUAAGAAAAGAAACAAUUAGACAGGCGGACAAGGAGAAGAAGAAGAAGAAAACCCCCAAAUACCGAUAGGCAAUCCUUUGAUUAGAUGAACAGAGGCAAUCCAAAACAUCGCAAGGAUUCUCAGGACUUAGGGAAAAAAAAUAAAGAGAGGGGGGGAAAAAAAGGUGACCUCUUGAGGAUGCUUAUCUUGACUUGGUUGAAAUGGUGGAGAACUUACAGAGAUGUAAGGUCAACCUUGUCAGGUACAGAGUAAGACAGGAAAGUAGAACUUAGAGAUUUCGGCCUACGAUUCUCAGACCGUGGCACGACAAAACCGCGCUCGACUAAAGCUUGCCCGAUUAAACCGCGUUGC